CACCUCAAGUCUCACGAUGAAGACCAUUCUCCUCCUGUGCUUCGUGGCGCUGGCUGUGGCCGACAAGAGCGCCAAAAUCGCCAACUUCCAGUACGGCAUCGAGGAGGAUGGUUCUUACGAGGCCACGUACGAGACCACCAACGGGAUCAGGUCCAACGAGGACGGCAUCUCGUACCCGGGCAACGAGCCGGAGACUGGCAACUACGUGAGGAGUGGCUCCUACUCGUAUGAGUGGGAGGGCGUCACCUACACCGUCAACUGGACUGCCGACGAGAACGGCUUCCACCCGGAGGGUGACCACCUGCCCGACUUCAGCCACACCCGCGAGCACAUCGGCGGCGUCGAGGGUGAUUCCCCUCUUGUAUGAACCACUCUCCAAAACAAAGCACCGUGGUUCGUUAAAUGCGGCCAUGUCCUUGGUUCCUUCGUCACACUCGUCCUUCGUCAUACAUGCAUGUUGUUCGUUGAAAUCGUGCCGUGUCCUUUGUAAAGCUCGCUGUUAUUAUGUGAGAUAUAAUACAGACAUAUUCGUUCAA